AAUAACGAACCUAGAACCGGAAAGGACUGGUUUACCAGGGCUCAUUGCCGCAGCUGGCAAGUCGUUAUUGCUAGAGAUAGGUUGGUAUGAUCUUAGUCGAAAUGGCCCACCGUUCCAUCUCUCUUCGGUUUUUGGAGCCCACUGCCGCCCCUCUUGAUCCGUGUCCGUUCCCUUCUGCCUUGAACGCUACUGCGUCGCUGAGCAGCCGGCGAGAACGUGCUCUGAGCUGCUACAAUGCCUGAGCUCGAGCAGCCUCUGGAUGCGGAUGCUCUGCAGGGAGCUCUUCAGGCUCUCGACGAGGAAUUGGGGAAAUUUGACUUUAUCGUUGCCUUUGCGCCCAUCAAAUUGAUCACCGCCGGCGGAUUCCUCGCUGUUAAUUAUCUCAAGAACAGAGAAACGACAAAAGACCUUAACUACCUGCUGGAUCCAGAAUGGGCAACAGACGAAGACAUAAAAGGGCCCCUGGAGCAGGCAAUUUUCCGGGUAUCGAAAAGGCUUCAAAUUAGCGAACAGUGGGCGAACGAGGACAUGGCACUCUAUGUCACCAAAGAGACAAGGAUACAUUUGUUCCGGAAGGCUCUCAAGCAGAAUAUCACCCUGUUCAGAGGCGAUCAUCUCGUCAUUUUAGCUGCCCCGAUUAAGUGGGCUUUGAAGCGCAAAAUCAGAUGGAUGUUCGCGCCGGGCCGAGAUCGGAAAGUUGAGGUGGAUAUGAGCGAUCUUCUUGCCAUGCUGAAGUGCAUGCGUGACAGGAAAGGCGGCCCUCUGAAUCGAGAGCACCUCCGCACCCAGAGUCUCAACUCCUUUGAUGUCGUGCCGGAUUCGCCAGGAAUGGAGCAGAUUGCCGCUGCCUACAGGGACAAAUAUAAAGAUGAGAUAUUCGCCUGAUUCUGUGACACGAACAGCAUAAGUGGAAGCGCUAAUUGUGCAACCGGCCUGAAUACCCAGCUUUCUUUCGUGAUCUUGAACGACAAUUACCCCAAUACCCCUCUAAUGACCGCGACACUCCCAUAGCUGCGCCCGAUAGAACUACCGUUUAUCAUCGCCCCCUGAGCGGAUGCCACAAUUUGCUGCAGAUUUGACCUCUUGACGACCCGGAUCGUGGAAAGGUGCACCGCGCCGGGUUAUCCUGUAUCGCUGCAUUGAGGAGUGCAACUUCCAAGCGGAAUGAUAGUGAGAAGCAUAGGUUAUUUGGAGUAAAGCACCUCCUAGCCAGCGUAUCAGAGGUCGCCACCCCUUUCUAAGUGAUAGCAGUAUCGCGCGGAAAGGCUAAACUGCCACAGGGCAGUUUGCCUCGAACAUUUUGUGAUUAGGCUUGCUAUGGUCUGUGACAGAAGAGAUAGAAGACGUUGGCUGGAAAGAAUCAC